CAGGGAGCCUCUCUGUCUCGUGGGGACCAAUGUUCACGGGAGCAGCCCAGGACACCCUCACGGACCCUGGAAUAACAUAGACUCUGGGCGCCGGCGUCUGGGGGCCGGAGGCCGAGCGUUUGUCAGACAAGACAUAAUAUGGAGGGGACUGCCAAAUCGCAAGCGUAUGGGUUCGGCCCCGCGCAAGGCUCUGGAGGCGACCGAUCGAGUCGAGCAACAAUCAAACCGCUUUGCGCAGACAUAUGGACCUUGCCGCCAGGACCCUAGUGUGUUACAGGCCGCUAGCAUCGGCGGCGGCAAUUCUAGUUGCCCAGUUUACGAGCCGCUGCCGGGCAAACCCAAGCCCUUAAAACCCGCUAACGUCUCACCAGAGCUGCCGCGUCGCGCUAGCAGCGCUUUUGCGGGCGCCGAACAGCCAGGGGGCCGCGCAGCGCCAACUCGGACAGAACGCGAUGUCGAGCCUCAUCUUCGACGAGGGCGCGAGCCUCAAGCCGGCCAAGACGCCGCACCACGAUGGAUUAAAAACUGCGCGCAAGGCGGCGCUCGGCUCGGCGCUGCCGACGCCCGCCACCCAUAAACUCAAGCCGCAGACGACGGCCAAGCGCGUGCUCUUCGGCGACAUCACCAAGGGCGCGGCGAACAACGCCACCGUGCGCAAGGCCGACGGCGGCGGCCUCGAAAUCGACCCGACCACCCAAAAAAAGACGGGCCGCAAGAUCACGUUCCAGACGCCAGCGAAAUCCGCGGUCAAGAAACAAAUCUCCUUUCGGGACGACGAGGGCGUCGAGGAGGCCAAGGCCGAGCCGGCCAUCGAGGAAGAAGCGCCCGCGCUGCGACGGGGCCAGUAUCGCGACGACACGGAGCCCAUCGAGAAGCCCUUGGGAAGGCUCUUCGACAACGACGCGCUCAUCAAGGAGUUGAACGAGCUGGACGAGAAAUUGAACCCGGACCCGUUCCCGGAAGACGCCUUCGGCGGCGACGACGAUAAUUUCGACGCCGUCGAGGACGUGCUGCGGCGCGCCGGCGAGCCCUAUAUCAGCGAGGACCAGGACCGGAUGCUGCGGCGGCUCGAGGAGCGCGCGCAGGCCGAGUACGCCCGGGUCCACGCGGCCGAGGGCGGCGGGGUCGUCGAAGAGCCGUCUCUGGAAGAGCUGCUGCCCUUCGACAACCCGGCGGACCAGGAGCUCGGGCCGCCGAUCUGCGAGGAUUUUCUGCUCGCGGCGGAGGGCGAGGUCCCCUACGCGCACCUCCUCGCGCCGGACGACCCGCUCCUCGCGGGGAGUCGACGGUAAUUGUGUUUGAAUC